AAUUAACAAUUCGUCGAAACAAUAAAUUGAUAAAAAAAUUUUUUCUCUCUAGAAAAAAAUAUGUCAUGCUUUAGGUUAUUAAUAAUUUAUUAUACCCUACGCCUGGCAAUUAUCGCUGAUCAGUCUCCGAGCUCACGUGUUCUAAUCCAGUUUUUUUUAUCUUUAAAUUAUCUAACAUCAUGUUUCUAGUAUUCAAAAUUUAUCUAAUUAUUUGCAAUUUUUACUUGAUCUCUGCAGUCGAAGAUGCAAAUUACUGGACUAAUAUAGCGGCGGAUGAAAUUAAAAAAUCGUUGUCAUACUCGUGGAAUAAAAAUAUUGCAAAAAAUGUGAUAUUAUUUAUUGGCGAUGGCAUGAGUAUUGAUACAAUAACGGCAAGUAGAAUUUACCAUAAUGGCGAGACAAGUUAUCUUGCAUGGGAAAAAUUACCUCAUGUUGGCUUAUUGAAGACUUACAAUACUAAUAAAAAAGUAUCGGAUUCAGCGUCGACGGCAACAGCGCUUUUCAGCGGUGUCAAAACGAACUACAACGUAGUUGGUGUCGAUAAUAAUGUAGCUCUGAAUGACUGCGAAAGUAGUUUGCGUUCAGAACAUCAGACUCGAUCUAUUCUUGAAUGGGCGCAAAAGGCCGGAAAGGAUACUGGUUUUGUAACGACGACAAGAGUAACACAUGCGACACCAGCUCCUUUGUAUGCUCACUCACCGAAUCGUAAUUGGGAAUGUGAAAACAAAGUCCCAGUUGAAGCGAGAAAAUGCAAGGACAUUGCGCGUCAAUUGAUUGAAAACGAACCGGGAAGAAACAUAAAAGUUAUCAUGGGCGGUGGGCGCCAGAUGCUUAAGUCAAAUGUCACGGGAACUAAAAUAGAUCCGAUUGAUACGUGGGCAUGUUACAGUAGCGAUGGGCGAAAUUUAAUAGAGGAUUGGGCGGGAGAUAAGGCUUUGAAAAAGGCUAGGCACCAGAUUGUCCAAAAUAACAAGCAACUGAGGGCCGUAGAUCCUGACGAUGUAGAUUUUCUGAUGGGGAUCUUUGCCAAUGGACAUUUGAAUAUGGACUGGGAGAGAGUUGAUGGCCCAGAAGGGCAGCCUAGUCUCGAAGAGAUGACCACAAUGGCAAUAAAGGUUCUGCGGAAGGCGCCCAAGGGUUUUUUGUUAGUGGUUGAAGGUGGACUAAUUGAUUUCGCUCAUCACCGCGGGCAUGCUGCUCAAGCACUCCGUGAAACUGUCAGAUUAUCGGAUGCUAUCAAUGCCACUUUGCAUAUGGUCGAUUUGGAUGACACUCUGGUGAUCGUUACUAGUGAUCAUUCGCAUUCCAUGGCUUUCAAUGGGUACGCUGAUAGAAAUUCUUCAAUUUUAGGCAUCGCUCAAAAAUCAAAAUACGAUGGAAUACCGUAUACUUCGUUGUCUUACAGUACAGGAGGACCCAAUAAUAUGGCUUAUGAAAUAAAAAACGGCAAAGCAACUCGGAUAGAUCCCAGUACUUACAAUACAUCAGAUUAUAAAUACAGCCAACAAGCGGCUUUCAUUAGCGACGAAGCCUAUCAUGGCGGCGGCGAUGUUCCGAUUUAUGCUAUAGGACCUUACGCACAUUUAUUCCAUUCAACACACGAACAAAACUACGUUGCACACGUAAUUGGCUAUGCGGCGCAAAUCGGGCCGUACGCCAAUGUUGCUAAUCAGCUAAACCGGAAAUGGAUUGUGAUAAUUACAUUCUCUGUUUUAUGUGUAGUGUACUAUUGCUCAAAUAUAUAUUGCUGAUGCUAUCAGCGAGGAAAUAUUGUGGAAUAUAGCUUAUCUGUGCUCAUUUGAUCUCUGAUUUUUUAUCGAGAUAAGAUAUUCAAAAAUCGCGACUUUUGCAAUCAAGUAUUUGUUUUUUUCUAUCUUCAGUAUUUUUUUCUCUCAGUUAAACUUCGCAAGAUUACCAGUAAAAGUGUUAGAAAUGAUUAAUGAUAAAAAUAAACACGAAAAAUUUUGAUAACUCAGAGAUAUCAAGUGACAUAAUCGCCCAAACAAUGUAAACAUUGAUAAAGUUUAUUUUAUCAGUAUUUUUUUCUAAAUAUACUUUUUGAUAUAUUUUUCUAGUGAAUAAAGCAAAACGAUUUAAAAUAA